AUGCCUAGGAUCACAGAAUUUGUCAAACCAAAGCCCAACCGCCUGCCUGUUUGCGGGUUUCUAUGUUUCGUUUCCUUGUAUUUUUCAGGAGAGGCUCCAAGGAGCCUGAAGCUUGAAUACUGUGUCAGCUUCUGGGCUAAAAACAUCACAUGCUACUGGAACCCUUUGCCGGAUAUGGGACCGGCAACUACAUACAGGCUCCACAUCACAGAAGAAGCUGGGCGCUGUCAAAUGGAUUUUGGCUACACAAGAAGCUGCACCGCCACCCAGGGAGACAGUGCGUGUGGCGUCCCGGUGGAGAACCUCUUUGCUUUCUACAAAAUAAACCUAACUGCCGAGAGUCGAGGAGUCCAAGUGAGCUCUCCGGAAAUGUGCAUCCAUGGAAUGAGCAUUGUGAAACUGAGCGCACCUGAAGUUAGCAUCGCUGAAGCCAACAGGUCGCGGUGCUUCUACCUGGAAUGGAACAUCCCCGGCGAUGAGGUGCUGUCUAUGUUAGAGACUGAGUACGAGAUCCAGUUCCGCAAUGUGGCAGAGACCUCCUGGAUGCAGGUCAAUUUUACAUUGUCUGAAAAUGCUCCUGGCUUUGCAAACAUCUGCCACGUCUCCCCCUUCACCAACUACUCUGUCCAAGUGAGGGCAAAAUACCUCCAUGAAGUUUCCUUCGCCAUCAGCGGCGGGCGUCCUUUCUGGAGUGACUGGAGCCGUGAGAGAUUUGUGAGGACCCUGCCUGAAGUUCCGUCAGCAGGACCAGCUCUUUGGAGGAAAUUAGGACACCCUGAUGGCUAUGGAAACAGAGUGGUUGUCCUCAUGUGGAAGCCCCUGACGCCAAAGGAGGCAAACGGUGAGAUCCUGGGAUACAGCCUUCACUCGCAAAAGAGAGAGGAGCCCGCGGCCCUGCAGUGCUUCACUCCAGACCUGCAGUGUAGCCUCCUCCUCCCGGCCGGAGAGGAAUUUACGUUCCUUGUGGUGGCCACCAACAUGGUGGGCAUGUCCCCUCCGACCAAACUCGUGGUCCCGCCAUCCGGCAGUCAAGAAGCUCUGCCCUCCCUGCCGCCCGUCCUGGUGUCUCCAGCAGGGGACCACAGCCUCCUCUUGCGCUGGCCCCUUCCCAGCAACCCAAUGACAGUCUACAUUUUCGAAUGGGGUCAACUCCCCGCGAAAGAGGGCAGAGACAUGUCCUGGUGUUAUCAGCCAGCAAACGUUGGCCAUGUGUUCAUUACAGAAGCAAUUGAGCCAGGAAAGCUCUAUGAACUGAAAAUUUUCGCCCUCAUAGAUGGCAAGAUCUGGGCCUCGGGUUCUACUAGUGCUUACUCCAAGCAGAUUGCUCCUCUCCGUGCACCGACUUUAUAUCCCGUCCAAGUCUGGAAGUCUCAGGUCGAGUUGCAGUGGGAGAUUCUCCCUUUGGAGGAACGCGGCGGGGUGAUACGAAACUAUACUGUCUUCUACAAAAAAGAGGGGGAAGACGAGCAUACGGCGGUGGUCCUGGACAACUCCAUCCAUGGCUACCUCAUUGAAGGCCUGGUUCCUAGCUCCGUCGUGACGGUCUUCAUCACGGUCGCCAACGAUGCAGGGAGUACAGAUGGACCCAUUCUGAGCAUCCACACCAAGGACUCCGAUUACGGCGAAACCGAAAUUCUCUUCUCCGUCCUUUGCGUGGGGUUCCUCUUCAUCCUCCUUGCUGGAUUCCUGGCCUGCCUCUGGAAGUAUCGGUUGCUUCGGAAGUACCUGUGGCCACCGAUCCCCGACCCGGCAAAAAGCAAUCUUGCCACGUGGGCACCGCAAAAAAUGUGUCUGGAUUUCUCUCCUUGUCGCCCUGAGAAAUGGCAUCGAGAUUAUCUCACCUUGACCAUCAAUGACCUCCUGAGAGUCCUCCCCUCCCAGUCGGAGGAGAUGGGGAGGAAGGCGUUUUUUGGGAACCAGUGGCUGGUCGAUGUUCCUGGGCCUUUGCAGAAGUCGGCCCCAAUUAUCAGAAACAGGAGCCCCUCCUGGGGAAGUGGAGGGGAGCCCCAGAAGCACAUGUCUGCCUGGAGCCGAGUGGACUACGCCAGAGUCAUUGUGGUCCAGAAGAACCAUGGUCUGAAGGACCCUCAGAGAAGUCCUCGCCAUUUGCGGUCCCCCUGCACGCGCCAGGAUCCUGAAAACUCUGCUCUCAGAUCCAAGUCUGGCCAAGGAGUCUGGCUGCAGAAUUUUACCUAUGAGGCCUUGCUAGAUGUUGGGCCAGAUGUGGGUGAAUUUCCACUCCUGGUGAAUCUGGUGGAGGGGAUUCUCCACCCGACUGAAAGCCCACAAGGGACUCCGAGGAAGAAACCCUAG